UCUUCAACCCCUUCCCGGCUUCCCCCUCUCUUACCGGUUUCCAUCUCAAUUCCCGGUGCCCCGAAUUGUCUAUGCCGGGGAGUCAUCUUCGUCUUAUUCCUCGUCGCACCCUUCCAUGGCUGCUGCUUAGCCGUCACUUUCACCGAUAUUAUCUCUGUUUUUCUUCGUUUCCAUCGAGAUUCCUCCCUGUUUAUGGUUUCUCGUACUGAUCUCGUGUUUAUCUGGGGAGGGGAGGUCCUUUCGGCUGGUGGAUUUGGGACGCCUUCCUUUUUUUGAACACGCGAAAUGGCGGCGCCGAGGCCGGCCGGCGGCGAGGAUCUGUUCGAUGCGUAUUUCAGGAGGGCGGAUUUGGAUGGUGAUGGUCACAUCAGUGGAGCUGAGGCUGUUGCUUUCUUUCAGGGGUCGAAUUUGCCCAAACACGUCCUUGCUCAGGUAUGGGCAUAUGCAGAUUCGAAGAAAGCUGGUUACCUUGGUCGAGCUGAGUUUUAUAAUGCUCUAAAAUUGGUAACGGUGGCACAAAGUAAACGGGAGUUAACCCCUGAGAUAAUAAAGGCAGCGCUCUAUAGUCCUGCUUCAGCCAAUAUUCCUGCUCCCAAAAUAAAUCUUGCUGCAACACCUUCCCCACAGCCUAGGGCAGGUAUGCCUGUUGCACAGGCUACUGGCAUUGCAUCACUGCCAUCUACAACUGCUGGGAUGAGAGGGACACAAGUUGGUGGAAAUAUAAGCACUAAUAACCAACAAGUAGCCUUAGGCCAGCAGUUUGGGGGACCACCACAAACCACUAGUCAUGCUGCACCUUCCCAGCCACAGCAAAACUUUCGAAGCCAAGGUGUGCCAACAGUAGGGACUGAUGUGCCUCGUCCUGUAAAUCAGUCUGUGCCAUCUGAUUGGCUGAGUGGAAGGACUGGUAACCCUUCGGUGCAAGUGAAUUUGCAAGUCCCUUUGAGUCAGAAUGCAUAUGGUUUAACGCCACCUAAUUCAACAACUGGCCUUCAACCAAGACCAAAUACGACAUCUGGGGCUAGGAUAACCAAACCCCGGGAAUUAGUUGUCUUGCACAAUUCCCAUGGUUCAUCUGCACCUCCAGUUGCUCAUGGUUCAGGUACUCCAUCCAAUCAAUCAGUAGUCAAGGAUCCCAAGGAGCUUGCUGGAAACACAGUUGCAUCUGAUUCGUUAUUUGGAGAUGUAUUUUCAGUUUCUGCCUCACAGCCAAAUCAGCAGUCUAAUGUGGCCACAUCUGUUGCCACUGGGACUGUUGUGGCUUCUCAUGGUGGUGCACGACCUGUCGUUAGACAAAAUUCAGUUCAACCACAGGGUUCACUGGGUCAGCAGGCUGUUGGUGUUCAGCAUCAAUAUACUGGGAAACCAGGGCAUCAAUUUUCUCCCUCUGGUGCAGCUUCUGGUCCUUUGAGCUCUCCUGUUGGAACUGGAAAUUCAGCUCCCAGCCAUUUGUCUCAGCCCCACGCCUCUUGGCCUAAGAUGAUGCCAGCUGAUGUCCAAAAAUAUGCGAAGGUGUUUGUGCAAGUUGACACUGAUAGAGAUGGUAAAAUCACUGGGCACCAGGCACGGAAUCUUUUCUUAAGUUGGAAGCUCCCACGAGAGAUCUUGAAGCAGAUAUGGGAUUUGUCUGAUCAAGAUAAUGAUAGCAUGCUCUCCUUGAGGGAGUUUUGUAUUGCGGUCUAUCUUAUGGAGCGUUAUAGGGAGAGUCGCCCCCUUCCGCCUGUAUUUCCCAGUACUAUAAUAGCUAGCGAGAGUAUGUUUUCUGCUCCUGGUCAACCUGUGGCCUCACACGGCAAUGCACCAUGGGGAGCUGCUCGUGGUUUCCAACAGCAACAAGUUCCUGGGACGGCGAGGCCACCACCUGUUCCCAAAGGAAAACCACCGAGGCCCACUCUUGGUUCUCAAAGUGAUGGAACUGCUGAGCCCACUCAGCCAAAGCGUAAAAUUCCUGUGUUGGAAAAACAUCUGGUCGAUCAGCUUAGCAAAGAGGAGCAGGAUUCACUUAACUCAAAGUUUGAAGAGGCAACCACUGUUGAGAAAAAGGUUGAAGAACUUGAAAAAGAACUAGCGGACUCAAAACAGAAAAUUGAGUUCUUCCAUGCUAAGAUGCAGGAACUUGUUUUGUACAAGAGCAGAUGUGACAAUCGGUUCAAUGAGAUUACAGAAAGGGUGUCUGCUGAUAACCGAGAGCUUGAAACUUUAGCAAAGAAAUACGAAGAGAAGUACAAGCAAUCUGGCAAUGUUGGCUCAAAGUUAACUAUUGAAGAGGCCACAUUCCGUGAUGUACAGGAGAUAAAAAUGGAACUGUACCAUGCAAUUGUCAAAUUCGAGGAAGGCAAACUUGAAGAUGGUGUUAUUAAAGAGCGUACUGAGCACAUUCAAUCAGGUCUUGAGGAACUGGUAAAAACUUUGAAUGAACGUUGCAAACAAUAUGGACUGCGUGGAAAACCCACUUCCCUGGUUGAACUUCCUUUCGGUUGGCAACCUGGGAUUCAAGAAGAUGCUGCUGAUUGGGAUGAAGAUUGGGAUAAGCUGGAGGAGGAAGGGUAUGCCGUUGUCAAGGAGCUCACUCUUGAUGUCCAAAAUGUCGUAGCCCCACCAAAGGAAAAAACUCCAAUCCAUAAAAAAGAAACGACUGUGUCACCAAAGGAAGGUUCAGAUGCAUCACCAUCAAAUGAUGAUGACUCUAAAGCUGAGAAGAUUCUGAAAGAUGCUGCUGAAAAGGAAUCGUCGACCGAGCUGUCGGAUGCUAAGACACCCGAAAGCGGCGACCGAGACAAAAACGGAUUCCACAACGAAUCUGCUAUUACAAAGGGUAUCAAAGCUGAUGAUAGUUCACCUCACUCAAAAUACACAAAGAGUGAUCAUGAUGAUCGUGAUUCUCCUGCUUCUUCUACUGGUAAAGCCAUUGAAGGUUACUAUGAUGCAGAUUCAGUUUCAAGCUUCAAAAUCAACAAUGGAAAGGAAAAGGAUAUCGGUUUUGGUUUUGGAUUCGAUGAUUUCAGCAUAAAGCCGAUAAAAACAGGUUCCGUCAACUCUGGUAACUUGUUCCCCGGAAAAAUAUCUGUAUUUGCUGAUUCUGUCCCAAGCACCCCUGCAGAUUCCGGCCACACUUUUGCUGGAAAACCUUCUGUAUUUGCUGAUUCCAUUCCGAGCACGCCUGCUAAUGCUUCUACCUCGUUCAUGGGCAAGAAAUCGUUCUUUGAUGACUCUGUUCCGAGCACUCCUGCCUCCUAUGCAGGCAAUGUCUUUCCCGAGAAGAAGUCCUCAUUCUUUGAUGAGUCUGUUCCCAGCACCCCAGCCUAUAGCAUGUCGGAUUUCGGUGGGAAGCUAUUCGCUUCGGAGACUCCUCGUUCAGACAACCUUUUCCCAGGAAGAAGUCCCUUCAUGUUCGACUCUGUCCCGAGCACACCCGCCCACAACUCCUCAGCCGAUUACUCGUUCGACAGUUUCUCUCGCUUCGACUCUUUCAACGAUGCCACCUCAUUAUCCCGCACGGACUCAAUGCGCAGCACGAGCGAGCCUGACCCUUUCGCGGUCUCCAGGUUCGAUUCCUUCAACUAUCAAAGAUACGAUUCCUUCAACUCGCAGAGCUUCGAGUCAUCGAGCAAUGCCCACGAGAGCGGCGGAUUCUCUCGGUCCCCGCAAGCUAAGUUGGUGAGAUUCGACUCUAUCCAAAGCACGACAGACUCGGAUUUCAGACACGGGUUCGGGUUCGAUGACACCGACCUGUUCGGGUCGAGCGGACCGUUCAAAUCGACAGCCACAGCGACUGGGGAGACGCCUAGGAGUUCUGAUCAUUGGAAUGCCGUCUAGGGGGGAAAGGUCACACAUUACACGUUCUCAAAUCCCAAUCACAGUUUUAUACGGUUUUUAAGUAUUUUGCUGUUUGCUAACUUCCAUGUUUUAAGGCUUCUUCCUUCUUUUUUUAUUUUUUUAUUUGUUAGUAUAUAAUUAUAUUGUUUCGUAUUUUCGAGUGUUUUGAGUUCAGAGUGUUGCCUCCUUGUAAUCGUUCACUUUCUUCUUUCCAUUUCUCUUUGUCAGGAAAAAAACACUAAGCAGCGAAUACUGUUAUAAUUA